GUCCAUCACCAGGUCCUUCUACCGGAGCGCGGCGGGGGUGCUGCUGGUCUUCGACCUCACCAACCGGGCCUCCUUCGAGCGCGUCCCCGAGUGGCACCGCGAGGCCGCGGGGGACCCUCACCCCCCCACCUUCGUCCUGGUGGGACACAAGUGUGACCUGGAGGCCGAGCGAGCCGUGUCGGCGGAGGAGGCCGGGCACUUGGCCACCACCCUGGGCAUGGUGGCCUUCGUGGAGACCUCGGCCCUCAGCAACCUCAACGUGGAGCUGGCCUUCCAGACGUUGGCGGGGGGCAUCCAGCGGGCGCUGGGCCGGGGGGGGGACACCCCUCUCCGGGGCUGUGGUGGCAUCAGGCUCAUCCCCAGCCAGAGCCACCCCCGGCCCCCGGCGCGGGGGGAGCCCCGGGAGCGCUGCCAGUGCUGA